GGUAAAUACAUCGCCAUCUGCUCUGUUUAUCUGCUGCUUUUGUUGUUCAAUACACUCGACGCUUCUGUUCAGUUAUCUCUAAAGUGUCUUGUUGUGUACUAUUAGACGACUGGCUAAAGUAUCGGUGCAAUACACCCCGCGCUCUCAAGAUCAUCCUCACAGCAUGACCACCCCACGGCUUUCCGCCCAAGGCACAAAGCUGGCCGCCAAUUCACCUAUACCCACCGCGAAACUAGAAGACAUCUGCUCAAAAGCCCUGUCAAGUAUAAUACAGCCCACCACAGUCUACAAGCACGACUCCACCGCCUCCUGGAACGACGCAAUCAUAAACACCAUCCUCAAAUCCCUCGUCGCAGAAUCCUCGACCUGCAAAUACGUCGUCUACUCCACAAUCAUCCAGAACGAGCCCGCGGCAGUCGCCCGCGGCAUCCACUCCACCAGCGGCGCGUACUGGAAUAAUGAAAAGGACGGCUUGUGGAAUUAUAGCUGGACUGGCGGCGCGGGGGACGAGGGGUUGUAUGUCGUUAUAAGUAUUGCUUGGAUUACAAACAAGUAGACCAGCUGCUUUAGCAUGAGGU